AUGUUUCAAGUUCUUCUUGAUAAAGAAGUCAAAGAUAAAGGAGGUGAGGAUAAUAAAAGUAAAGAUGAAGAAGGUGAAGAUAAAGAAGGUAAAGACAAAGGAGGUGAAGAUAAAGAGCAAGUUGGUUGUUCAAGAAUUUGUAAAAGAUCAGUUUGUUCUAUAGUCAAUGAAGGGUCAAGAUGA